UGAAAACAUUCUUCAAGCCAAAUUGCUCCUUUCUCUUUCAAAAAAAGCAACCCUUUUGCUCAUAUAUAAAUAUAUGCAUGCUGUUGUAUUCAUCUCAUGACAAAAAUACUUUGCCAUAUCUUUCCUUUUGUUUAUUUCUUCUCUUCUUAAAGUUAUAGAGCAAGACAUAAUGAUCCCACAACACCCGCCAAAGCAUUUGCUCAUUCUCUUCAUUGUCUUAACAUUCUUCACUUGUUGUUUUGGCUCUUACCAACAAAACCCAUUUGCUAAUUUCCAUGAAAAUGUCCAUAAAAUGAUCUCCAAGCCUGCUUUCUCUAGCUUUUCCAAGCAGACAAGAGCUUCUUCUUCUACUACAAGUUCAUCCAAGAUUGUACUGAUCAAUGUGGAUGAUUUUGGAGCUAAAGCUAAUGGAAGAGAUGAUAGUGAGGCUUUCAAGAAAGCAUGGGAAAAAGCUUGUUCUUCUAAACAAACUGCCAUUAUCAUUGUCCCUAAGAACAAGAUUUAUCAUCUUAAGCCUCUCACAUUUUCAGGUCCAUGCCGUUCUGAUCUUAGUUUCAAGAUAUAUGGAACAAUAAAAGCUUCCCUUAAAAUGAGGGAUUAUGAAGAUGAUAGAAGGCAUUGGAUUGUGUUUGAUAAUGUUCAAAAUCUCAGAGUUAAAGGUGGUGGAAUCAUCAAUGGAAAUGGCAGAAUGUGGUGGCGAAACUCUUGCAAAAUCAAUAAAAGCAAGCCCUGUAAACAUGCACCAACAGCUGUCACCUUCAUCGACUGCAAGAAUUUAAUAGUAUCAAAUCUAUGGUUCAAAAAUGCACAACAGAUGCAUCUCACAUUUCAGAACUGUAUCAAUGUGAGAGCUUUGAAUCUCAUGGUGACUGCACCAGGAAACAGUCCAAACACUGAUGGGAUUCAUGUCACAGGCACACAAAACAUUAGAAUAAGAAACUCUGUCAUAAGAACAGGUGAUGAUUGUAUAUCAAUAGUCAGUGGGUCCAAAAAUGUUGAAGCCACAGAUAUUAUCUGUGGACCUGGACAUGGAAUAAGUAUUGGUAGCUUGGGAGCUGGUAAUUCAGGAGCUGAAGUUUCAAAUGUGUUAGUUAAUAGAGCAACAUUUUCAGGAACCACUAAUGGAGUCAGAAUUAAGACUUGGCAGGGAGGAUCUGGAUAUGCCAAGAACAUAAUAUUCCAAAAUCUUAUAAUGAAAAAUGUUUCCAACCCUAUAAUUAUUGAUCAAAACUAUUGUGAUCAAGAUGAUCCAUGCCCAGAAAAGAAAUCAGCAGUUCAAGUAAGCAAUGUGAUAUACAGAAGCAUAAAAGGAACAAGUGCUUCAGAAGUUGCCAUGAAAUUUGAUUGCAGCGAGAGUUUCCCUUGCCAAGGAAUUUUAUUACAGGAUAUUAUUCUAGGAAAUGUUGAAGAUGAACCUGCUAAAGCUUCAUGUCUUAAUGUUAAUUUAGCUCAUAGAGGCAAAGUUUACCCUCAGUGCUCUUGAAAGAGUUCUUGAAGGGAUUUGAUUUUAGAUGCCAAAAUUAUUUAUAUAUUUUAAUUUCCUUUAUUUUUAUUGCUUUGUGUAUGCUUUAAAAAUGUCAUAGAAUAAAUAUUUGUAAAUAAUAAA